AUGUGCUGUACAGACGUUGCUACAGUUGAGGAAAAGUCCAAUCCCCUUUCUGUUGGUGCCCUGCUGGAGAAGGCCAACAGAAACCGCAUCCCUGAACCUGAUGAGCCCACUCUGAUUGGAGGAGACAUUGCCAUCAAAUCAGAGAACGACAGAAACGCAGACCCAUGCACCUCGUAUGGCUGUAUGUGGGGAAAAUGGAGCGAUGGGAUGGUGUACAUUCCUUACUACAUUGCCAACCACUACAGCUCCAGGGAGCAGGCCAUCAUCAUUCGUGGACUGGAGUCCUUCUCUGCAGUUUCCUGUAUCCGUUUCAGACCCUACCAGAAUGGUGAUAGAGACUGGCUGAGCAUCGAAUCCAGGAAUGGCUGCUACUCCUACGUGGGGCGUCAGGGUGGUGGACAGGUCGUCUCUCUGGACCGUAUGGGUUGUGUGUACCACAACACCGUCCAGCAUGAGCUGCUCCAUGCCCUCGGUUUCAACCAUGAACAGACUCGCUCUGACAGAGACAACUACAUCAGAGUAUAUUGGGAAAACAUCAUUUCAGGAAUGGAGCAUAACUUUGACAAGAUCAACACCUUGAACCAGGGAACUCCUUAUGACUACAACUCUGUGAUGCAAUAUGAGAGGUAUGCCUUCUCCAAGAACAACCUCCCCACCAUGGUGCCCAUUCCAGACAGCAAUGUGUCCUUAGGCCAGGCCACCCAGAUGAGCCAGAAUGACCUUGCUAGGCUGAACCGCCUGUACAAAUGCUAACUAUGUGUGACCUGGCAUCAUAUUGUGCAGAAGAAGCAGCCAAGGAAUUCAGGCAGGAGACGGUCUGAGCUGCCUGUAACAAUAAACCUGCAUCUGAUGGCUGCCUGUCUGACUAAGCUAAGAACACCGGAAGAGAUGUCACUUAAUUUUGAAUAGUUUUCCCCCAAUGUGAAAAUUCUUAAAUUAUGCAAUAAACAAUAAAGUAAUUUCAAUUGCUUCUGGAUAGAAAA